AUGGCCCUCAGUUUUGCUUCCUUGUCAGAGAAAAUAGUCACGGGUGCUCAUAAAAUUCGGUUAUAUAGUCCUAGGUCGAUCAAACACUAAAACCCAUCGCAACCCAAUCGAAAUUACUAGCAGUGAGCUGCUUCGAGGACCCAAAGCCAUGGGUCCAAAGGUCAAUGCCUUGUUGUUCAUCUCCUUGAUUUUCACGUUGAACGUUUUGCCACCAGCACUUGCUUGUGCUCCAUGCACACAGCCACACCAACCUUCCCACCGUCCAAGCCAUCCGAAAAUACCACACCCCAAACCACCAACUACGAAAAAUCCCCCACAUCAUGGAGGGCACCCAAAAGGAUCCCCACCAUCCAAAAACCCGCCUGCGCCUCCCGCAGUUGUUCCGCCAAUUAUUAUAUCGCCACCUAUAGUUACACCGCCUUCUUCUCCCUACCCACCCUACACUGGCAACCCUCCUUCUGGAGGCGGCGGUGGCGGCGGCGGAGGAGGAGGUGGCGGUGGUGGUGGAGGAGGAGGUGGUGGAGGUGGAGGUGGUGUUCCUGGUCUCAACCCUCCGCCUUCCGCUCAACCAACUUGUCCCAUCAAUGCCCUUAAACUAGGGCUUUGUGUAGACGUGCUUGGAGGUUUGGUGCAUGUUGGAUUAGGCAACCCUGUUGAGAAUGUAUGCUGUCCGGUGCUUAAAGGUCUGCUUGAACUUGAGGCGGCUGUUUGUCUUUGCACUACCAUAAGGAUUAAGCUUCUCAACCUCAACAUUUUCAUCCCCCUCGCCCUUCAAGUCCUAAUAACUUGUGGGAUGACUCCUCCUCCUGGUUUCGUGUGUCCUCCUCUCCUAUGAGUAUUUUUUUUUUUACUUUCAUAAUGCGCUUACCUGAUGCUAGCUGUUCGUUAUUUAAUAAUUUUUCCGAGUCUUAUUAGAGUUUUGUUGGUUUUGUGUCUCCGGUGCUUUUGUUUUUUGAGUUACUCCUUGAAAAGUAAUUGACUUGUCGUGGUGCUGCGACUGCGUCCGGUAGAAAAGAAAGAUACAUGAGUUCGUGCGGCUUGGAGAAUUAAUGGUUCCACUAUGUCUCUAAUGAGGUACUGUAUUUGAAGAGGGUUAAGCUAUCUUUGUUAAGUCUUGAAGUAAUCUGCUCAGAAAAGAGAGAGAAAAAGUCUCAAUACGCGGGUCUUCUUGCAAUAACUCUUUGCUUGGGAUCGGAUUGUCAGUCUCUUCUAGACUUCUUGGAUGUUCCUAACAUUAGGACCACAUUUUUUUUUUCUUUAGGUGGAGCUUCAUAUAUUUCGUGUGCACGUUCUUGGCCGUUUCUGUUUUUGAAUAAAUUCUUGAUUUCGAAAAACUAAA